AUGGAACGGAGAAACAAUGUGACUGAAUUUGUCCUUUUAGGGCUCACUCAGAACCCUCAGGGUCAGAAAAUAUUAUUUGUGCUAUUCUUGCUCAUCUACAUGGUGACAAUGGUGGGCAACCUACUCAUUGUCGUGACUGUGGUGGUCAGCCCCACCUUGGAUGCUCCAAUGUACUUCUUUUUAGGCUACCUAUCAUUCAUGGAUGCUGUCUAUUCUACUACAGUUACCCCAAACAUGAUUAUAGACUUACUCUAUGAAAAGAAAACCAUUUCCUUCCAAGCUUGUAUGACCCAGCUUUUUAUAGGACACUUAUUUGGUGGAGCUGAGAUUUUACUCCUAGUUGUCAUGGCCUAUGACCGCUAUGUGGCCAUCUGUAAACCCUUGCAUUAUUUGACAAUCAUGAACCAACGGGUGUGUGUUCUGCUGCUGCUAUUGGCGUGGGUUGGAGGUUUUGUGCAUGCUGUCGUCCAACUUCUCUUUGUUUACAACCUUCCCUUCUGUGGCCCCAAUGUCAUCGACCACUUCAUCUGUGACAUGUACCCCUUAUUAAAACUUGCCUGCACUGACACUUAUGUUAUUGGGCUCACUGUGGUUGCCAAUGAUGGGGCCAUCUGUGUCGUCAUCUUUGUUCUCUUACUCAUUUCCUAUGGAGUCAUUCUACAUUCCCUGAAGAAUCUCAGUCAGGAAGGGAGACGCAAAGCCUUAUCUACCUGUGGGUCUCACAUCACUGUGGUGGUCCUCUUCUUUGUUCCUUGUAUUUUUAUGUAUGUGAGACCCCCUUCCACCUUACCCAUUGACAAAUCCUUGACUGUGUUUUACACUGUUAUUACCCCCAUGUUGAAUCCUCUAAUUUAUACUCUGAGAAAUGCAGAGAUGAAAAAUGCGAUGAAGAAGCUCUGGACCAGAAAAAGAAAAUGA